CGUACAAGAGGAGACCAAAACCUAUCGAAAAUAAUACUACUCAUUAAACAAAGAGAUAUAAACAAGGAAAAGAAAGCAUCUAAAGGCGCCAUUCUUUGUUGUUAUCUUCUUCAAUCCCUCACCGGCUUUAGUUUUCUCUGUGUUCUACCCCCUUACCCCGAAUACCAGUAAUUUCGAUUACAAUGGCGAAAAGUUACUUCAAGCAAGAACAUGACCUUGAGAAGAGGAGAGCCGAGGCUGCUAGAAUCAGGGAGAAAUACCCAGACAGAGUUCCAGUGAUUGUGGAGAAAGCUGAGCGAAGUGAGAUUCCAAACAUUGAUAAGAAAAAGUAUCUAGUGCCAGCUGAUUUGACUGUUGGGCAAUUUGUCUAUGUAAUCCGAAAGAGGAUCAAGUUGAGUGCAGAGAAAGCAAUCUUCAUCUUUGUGGAUAACGUCCUCCCUCCAACAGGUGCAAUAAUGUCCACGAUAUAUGACGAUAAGAAGGAUGAAGAUGGAUUUCUCUAUGUUACAUACAGUGGGGAGAACACCUUCGGGACCCAGAUUCUGCCUUAGCCCAAGUUAAUUUAACUCGUUAAUCUUAUUUUCUUCCAUGGUCUUAGUUAUGCGACUUCCUUUUUUCUCGCAUUCUUGCCAAUGUUAAUAAUUCCAUCUGAUAUUCUCUGACGAUAAUAUCUAAGAUCAUGCUGCUGAUAAAUUUGUAUAGUUAUGCUCUUCUGUUUAUAUUUCUCAGUUCUGUCAGUAAGAUGUUCUGGAUUUUACUAUAUACGCUCCUUAAAUAAAAUGCUUUAUUAUUCAUGAA